CAAAAAUGACAUCUAGAUUGCGGUGAAGCUGGGAGCAACUGGGAAAGAGAGGGAAGAAAAGAGCUGGAGCUGGAGACCGAACCGGGGCGCAAAAGCGCGACCAAUUACGCACGCGUUUCAGCUCGGAUGCGUCGGUUUUCCUGCCUGGUUUGUUUGGACAUGUAGUUUUAUUCCUGAGGAAAAUCGGAAGCUAUUUGUCCUGUGGUUGAUGAGACUGCUGAAGGAGCCCCGCAGGGCUGCCCGAACAUCGGCGACUCCUCUCCGCUUCCAGCCACAGCCGCUCCGCUGCCAAAGUCCGGGAAAAAGAGGGGGGAGAGAAAAAUGUGCGACCUGAUGCCCGCCUCCCAGCCUGCCGAGAAAAUCGGCAAAAUGAAAAAGUUGAGGAGAACUUUGUCUGAGAGUUUCAGGAGUAUUGCUUUCAAGAAGGAAGACAGCAGCUUUGAUGAGAUAUGUGUCACAAAGAUGUCCACACGCGGCUGCCAGGGAACGGACUCUGUCAUCAAGCCCCUGGACACCAUCCCUGAGGACAAGAAGGUGAGAGUCCAGCGCACCCAGAGCGGCUUCGACCCGUUUGAGAAACCAGCCAGCCAGGUGAAGAGGGUCCACUCUGAGAACAAUGCUUGCAUCAACGCCAAGAGCUCGACCACCGGAAAAGAGUCACCUAAACUACGCCGGCACUCCAGCCCCAGCUCGCCAACAAGCCCCAAAUUUGGAAAAGCAGAUUCCUAUGAAAAGCUGGAAAAGCUGGGAGAGGGUUCCUAUGCUACGGUUUACAAAGGAAAGAGCAAGGUUAACGGGAAGCUGGUGGCUCUGAAGGUGAUCCGUCUGCAGGAGGAGGAAGGAACGCCCUUCACAGCCAUAAGAGAAGCAUCCCUUCUGAAAGGCCUGAAGCAUGCCAACAUCGUGCUUCUCCAUGACAUCAUCCACACCAAGGAAACCCUGACUCUGGUGUUUGAGUAUGUGCACACAGACCUGUGUCAGUACAUGGACAAACACCCCGGAGGGCUCCACCCAGACAACGUGAAGCUCUUCCUGUUCCAGCUGCUGAGAGGCCUGUCUUACAUCCACCAGAGGUACAUCCUUCACCGCGACCUGAAACCUCAGAACCUGCUCAUCAGCGACACCGGAGAGCUCAAACUCGCUGACUUUGGCUUGGCCAGGGCCAAGUCGGUCCCCAGCCAUACCUACUCCAACGAGGUGGUGACCCUGUGGUACCGACCUCCAGAUGUCCUGCUGGGAUCCACCGACUACUCCACCUGCCUAGACAUGUGGGGAGUGGGCUGCAUUUUCAUUGAGAUGAUCCAAGGAGUGGCAGCCUUUCCUGGGAUGAAGGACAUCCAGGACCAGCUGGAGAGGAUAUUCCUGGUCCUUGGAACUCCGUCCGAGGACACGUGGCCAGGUGUUAACUCUUUGCCUCACUUUAAACCAGACCGCUUUACAGUCUACAGCGCCAAGAAGCUCAGACAAGCCUGGAACAAGUUGGGCUAUGUGGACCAUGCUGAGGAGUUGGCCUCCAGGUUCCUCCAGUGCUUCCCAAAGAACCGGCUGUCAGCCCAGGCAGCACUGAACCAUGAAUACUUCAGCAACCUUCCUCCACGGCUCUGGGAGCUGCAGGACAUGUCUUCUAUCUUCACUGUACCAAAUGUCAAGCUGCAGACGGAGAGCGGGGACAGCAUCCAGGUGUGUGCACGGAAGAACAAGGCCUCCUCUGGCAGCAAGCACUGACCUGAGGCAGCAUCCUGCACCUGACAGGUGGCUGAUGUGAAAAAAAACCAACAAAGAAGAAGAUGCUGACACUGAGAAGAGCCCCAGUUCUCGUUAUUUAUUAUCUUCACAGUGUGUGUGAGUGUGUGUGAGUGCAUGAGGAAAUGUGAGUGAGCAUUGCGCAUGUGUGCAUUGGUACUAAAGAUUUCAGCCUAUCAUUUGCAAAUUUUGUUUACUUUUUAUAAGGUUCCAAUAACUCAUUUAUCAUGGUGGCAGUAUAAACAAAAGGACUUUAUUAUCCGUACAUAUUGUGUUUUGUGUUGGUAACUAGCCUCCUAUUUAAGAAUGUAUAUUUGUAUGUAUGAUAUACCUAUGUAGAAACUAUAUAAUGGACAAUUUUAAUAUUGCUUCUCUCCACUAUUCUGCUCUUGCUAAGAAACUAAACUCAACACACACGUGUGAUCAGAUCAAAAACAACAACAAAUCUUAAAGAUGUUUUUAUUAUCUCUUUUCAGUCAUGUUCAGCUUUGAUUUGUGGAACAAUGAUGAUGAGGAUGAUGAUGUAGGCCUUUCACGUAAUGCAACACACCCUCUGGCUGCCACAUUGGAGGGCUCUGCUCUUCUUUAUCUGAGGUUGAGGCAGAAAUGAAGCCUUCAUACAUGUAACCACGUGUAUGUAUGGCAUUAUUUAUGGUCAUGAAACUGAUGCUGCUGUUUGAUCUCAAUCCUGAAAUCAGGAACAUUUGGAGAAAACACAGAUGGAUGGUGCACAUGAGUCACUUUCAGUCACUUUCUCAUCAGAAUGAUCUUCUCUUUUUAAGGCCUUGUUACAAACGUCUUCCAUGGCUCCAGUUAUUUACAACUCUCACUGUUUAAUUGGUGCGUUAGAGGAACUGAAGGGAAAUUGAUUCAGUUUAUUCCACACCACCUUCUGAAACUGGAUUUUCUCCUUUUCACAUCACCAUUAGUUACAUUAUUCUAGACACAUAUCAAACCUGGUCUGAAAGAUUGGUGAGGUAAACCACUUCCACCAGGCUGUCCUUCUUUAUGAAAACCAGUCUCUGUGCAGGAAAAGAUAAAAACAUCAUUCAUGCAUCUGGCCGCUGCUGAAUCAGGAGUUGGGCUGAAACACCUGCUUAGCAAAUGGAAGUUUAGAGUUCAUCUUUAUGUUAAUGAGACAGAAAUACACUCAUUGUCCACAUCACCAGGUCCACCUUCUAGUACCGGGUCGUCCUCUUCAUCAGGUCCGCCUUCUAGUACCGGGUCGUCCUCUUCAUCGGGUCCACCUUCUAGU